UUUCCCCGAAUAUUAUUUGAGAUGGGAAGAAUGGUUGAAUUCUUCGUUCGGGUCUUCUCAUUUGCUUAGCUCGUAAGUAGGUUUUCGCGGUCUCCCUCGCUCUAAUUGAAAAAGAAACCUAUUAUUUUCCAAAAUUUCCAUUUCUCACACAAGUAUUCUGAAAAAUAUCAUCAUCUCAUCAUCAUCAUCAUGUGGGUGGAGAUCCUUUGUGGUCUGAUCGUUUACAAGUUGUUCCGCCGCUUCUUCGUCGACGACGACGACCUUCUGGAGGUCGAAUCCUCGGAUACUACCGCUCUUUUCAACGUCGCUAAUAGACUUGAAAAGCUUUAUGGAGGAAAGGCAUAUGUUGGCCUUCGAAUUCCAGAUGCUGAUACUGGUUCACGACAGAAUGUGGAUAUUGUACUUGUUACCAAAGGGGAAAUUGUGGUGAUUUCUGUCAAGAAUUUCUCAGGAUUGGUAACAAUCAGCGGCGACGGCAGUUGGGUUUGUGAGAAUGGUAAACACAAGGCACAGCAUUUUCCUGAUCCUGUGGAGGAGGCAAAGAAACAAGCAUCUGUGCUUGAAUCAUAUCUAGAGCAGAGGGGAGUUGCUCUACCAGAAGGAUAUUUGUCUUACAAAGUUGUGCUUCCCAACCCAAAGUUCUGGACCUUUCAUUUGAGCAAUUUUCCGUCUGAGGUCAUUACAUAUGAUCAGUGGGUACAGCUGAAACCAGAACCAAAAGGUAUGUUUUCUGGUUGGAUUAAGGGUGCCUUUCAUGGUGGAAAGAAAGACAUGCAAGAAUCUAUACACGAGAAGCUUAAUUUUACUCUCAGCACAGCUCCAAUGUGGGACAGGUUAGAGCUUAAAGGUAACAAAUAUGUCCUUGGAGAAUUUCUGGAAUUUAAAGGAAAAGAAGAAGAUAUCAUUAGUUUGAGAAACAUCAAGAGAUCAAAAGUUAGUCGUCUUGUGGUCCAAAAAACAAGCAUGUUGGGACUAGCGCAUUCAAAGCUUCAAGUAAUGUAUUCCCCUCGCGAUUAUAGGAGCGAAGGGGCUUCAGGUUCCGAGUGGAAAGAAGCAAAUGUGAGAUCAAGCACAGAAGUUUUAUUUCAGCCAGAGAACUCCAGAAAAGUCCGCAAAUUCAAACUAUCUUCAAUCAUCUCUAUGUCACUAACCGCCUGAAGAUGCUUCUGCAGAAUGCCUACUUAAUUACUGGAACAUACAGAAGGCGGUGGUGUGAUUAUGCACUUUUAAAGUCUAAACUGCCUUCUCAACAAGUGUUAUUUCUUAGCUAUUUGGCCCAUAUUUGUAGUAUGGGAUAGCAGCAACUGAGCUUUUAUAAUAUUAAUUUUGAAGAAAAAUAUUAUUUUUC